AUGAGUUCCUGCUGUGAGUUCCAAGGAUGCAACGGAAGAGGAGCCAAGGUUUUGGGUGUCAUUUUUGACUUGGAUGGCACCCUUCUGGAUACUGAAAGGGCAACAGGGGAUGUCUUGAGUGAGUUUUUGGCAAGGUAUGGGAAAGAACUGGACAGGGAGAAGGAAGAGAAGAAGAGGCUGGGAAUGACACAAAAGGAUACAGCAGCUAUACUUGUUAAGGACUAUGAUCUUCCGUUGACACCCGAUCAAUUUAUCAAAGAAAUCACUCCUAUGUAUAGGGAAAGGUGGGCAAUGGCCAAAGCAUUACCUGGUGCAAAUCGCCUUAUCAAACAUCUCCAGAAAAAUGGAGUGCCAAUGGCUCUUGCCUCGAAUUCCUUGAGAGAAUACAUAGAUGCAAAAAUUUCUCAUCAUAAAGGUUGGAAGGAAAGCUUUUCUGUAAUUCUUGGAAGUGACCAAGUUAAAGCGGGGAAGCCUUCUCCAUAUUUAUUUGAAGAAGCUGCCAUGAAAAUGGGUGUGGAUGCAGUUAACUGCCUGGUGUUUGAGGAUUCCUUGGUUGGUGUCAAGGCAGCCAAUGCUGCAAAAAUGAAGAUAGUGGCUGUCCCAUCUCGAAGGGAAGCUGAUUGUAAUGGACUAGCAAACGUUGUUCUUCAUUCACUUUUAGAGUUUCAACCGGAGCUAUGGGGUCUUCCACCCUAUGAUGACUGCAUAGAUGAUACAUUAACUAUUGAGCCAAUUCAUUUGAGUGGUUUGUAUGUUACUGGAUGUCUUGAGGAAGCCACAGAGAAUGCAACACUUCCUCUUCCUGAUCAAGCUGUUGGGCUUUACUUAGGUUGGGCCAAGAUCGAUACAGAGAGGACCUUCAAGAUAUUGGUUAAUAUUAAUUUGGACUUCUCUUGUGCUGCCUAUAAAAAAAUACAUGUUUACCUUAUUGACACAAACAGUGACCUGAAACAGAAGCAGAAGAUGCAAAUCAUUCUUGUUGGCUACAUAAGAACGCGGGAUAAUAAGGAACUCGCGACAAAUAUUUUGGAGAAACUCCAAGAAUACAAGUCUAUUGCAAGAGCUUCACUGGAUUUGCCAUCAUUCACUUAUUGUUUAUAG